AUGGUUAAGUCCAGUCAAAGGCAACAAUGGGGUUGCGACACUCAUCUUGCUUUUCAGACUGUGGGAGCCGGCGUUUGUUCACAGACAGCUUUCUGGCCAGCAGGACUAAACUGCUUCUGGCACAACGGAACACUGAUGGAAACCAGAGCGCACGGAAACGCCGUUUACCUUCCCGCUGCAGCAGUACCCAUUUAUCCACUUGCACUGGCAUGCUUUCGAACUGCUAGGUUGGCAGGAACUGGGACAGAGCAAUGGGAGUUCACUCUGUUGCAGGGAUUCAAACUGCUAACCUUCCAACUGGCAAGCCUACACGUAUGUGCUUGUGUGUGUGUGUGUGUGUGUGUACACACCCACACCCACCCCACCUCUCACGCUAAACUCAGGCCUUCAUUUAACUACAGUCAUACCUCAGGUUACAGACGCUUCAGCUUGCAUUUUUUUGGGUUACGGACCGCUGAAUUCCAGAAGUACCGGAACGGGUUACUUCUGGGUUUUGGCAGUUGCACAUUCGUAGAAGUGCUAAACUGCGCUUUGUGCAUGCGCAGAAACGCUGAAUCGCAACCCAUGUGUGCACAGAUGUGUCACUGCAGGUUGCGAACGCUGUGGGUUGCCAAUGUGCAUCCCAUAUGGUUCACGUUCGCAACGCAAGCGUCUGCUGUACAUAGUUCUUGGAUUGCUGAACUGAGACCUUCCCCUAGAUGGCGCCAUAGCCAUGUUCAGAAUUCUCUCGUAAAACCAGGAAGACCCAAGUGUCUUCAUCAGGGCGGCCAACUUUUCAUACCAAGUGGGCUGCAUGGGCAUAGCGGGAGGGGGGGGGAUAAUUGA